AUGACAGAUUUAAAUUCAGAAUCAUUUUCAGCAUUAAACUUUUGGAAAUCAGUAGAGAAAAAGAAUAUAUCAACUAAUUUUCAAGGCACUAAAGUUGUUGCGCCUUCAAAAAAGAUUAAUUCAUUCCCAUUAUUAGCACCACCUGCACCACCUCCACCACCAACAGAACAAGAAAUCAAUAUUGGCAGUGGUAAUAGUACAUUCAUUAGUAGUAAUAAUAAUAAUAGUAAUAAUAAUAAUAAUAAUAAUAGUAAUAAUAAUAAUAAUAAUAAUUUAAAUAAUAGCAAUAAUAAUAAUAAUAAUUUAAACAGUAAUAAUAAUAAUAACAAUAAUAAUAAUAAUAAUAAUAAUAAUGGUAAUAAUAAUAAUAAUAGUAAUUUUUUAACUAGACAAGAUAGUUCAACACAAAAAGAAUGGGAUGAACAAAAUGUAACAGAAGCAUUUGGUUUUUGGAAACAAAAGGCAGUACAAUUACAAAAAGAAACAGAGAGAUAUAAUGCAAGACGUAAUGCAAGACAAACUAUUGAUUUAACAAAUAUUUUAAGAAAGAGUACAAGUAGUGAUCUAUUGAUUAAACCACCUGUUGAAUCACCACCAUUAACUCCUGUUGGACAAGAUGAUGAAGGAGAACAACAACAACAACAACAACAACAAAAACAAUCUUCACCAUCUACACCAUCAAAUGAUACUGAUACUGAGACUACAGCAGCAGCAGUAACAACAACCACAACUACAACAACCACCACCACUACCUCAACUACAACCACUACAACAGAGACUGUUUUACAGGCUAAUCAAUUAGAGAUUAAAUAUGGUGGUGAAACAAUUGCAGUAGUCGAUGACUCUGGCACAACACCAAGAGACUAUAGAAGAUCUAGAAGUAUCAGUUGUGAGAUUAUACCAAAGAUAAAUGGUGUAAUUACAACCUCUCCACAACGAGUAACAACAACAACAACAACUACCACACCAUCAACAGGUGGUGUUGUCGUUGCUGAUGAAGAAUCAGACUCUUCAGAGGAAGAAUCAGAUUCAUCAGAGGAAGAAUCAGAUGAAUAUACCGAUGAAGAAUCAGAGACUGAAUUACAAGUAGUUUCCAAUGCCACACCAAGAAGAUCAGAUGAUUUUACACCAACCAUAGUUGAAUCACCACCAUUAACAUCAGUUAAUAGUAAUGAUAAUACUUCUUCUGGUACCGUAGUUGCUCCAAUUGACUUGAAUAGCAGUACUGGUGGUAAUACAGGUUCACAACAACCACCACAACCAUCAUCACAACAACAAAAACCAGAUCAAGCAUCUGAAAAUACCGCUGUUGCUGCCUCUUCAAUUAGUGCCACAACAAAUGUUACUUCAGCUGCUUCCACAACAACCGUUGCUCCAGAUUCCAUCAUCAACACUAAAGAUGUUACUGUUGUAAGCUCUACAUUAACCACUACAACUAGUGCCACUUCAUCUACUACCAGUGCUACAACUCAAUCAAUACCAGCUCCACCAUCACCAUCACAACAACGUGCUGCUCAAUCAAUUUCAACCUCUUCAGUAACACCUGCAGCAAUUACAAAACCAACUAAAGAUGCCAAAGAUAAGAAAGAUCCAGCAAAGAAAUCAAUUGGUGCCACUUUAACAAGAACAGUAACAAAAACAUUCAUUAGAGAUUCAAAAGAGAAUAAUAAAGUUCCAACUGGAACUUCACCACCUGUUUCAUCAUCAACUUCAAUUUCAUCCUCAACUGGUAUUAAAAAAGAUAAAGUAAAGCUUUCAAAAGAAGAGAAAGAUCGUAUUAAAAAAGAGAAAUCUGCAAAGAAAAAGAAAGAAAAAGAUGAAAAGAAACAACAAAAAACAAACAAAAAAGCAUUAACUAAAAAUAAUUCUUCAACUGAUGUUAAAAAAGGUUUUGUUUCACCACAACAACAACAAAUUUUAGAUUCACCAUAUAGAAUUUAUGGUGUUAGAUUAACACAAUUAGUAUUAUCAAAUGAUGGUGAUUUACCAGCAAUUUUAACACAAACUAUAACAGUUUUAUCAAAUUCAAAUAAAUUAGAUGUUAAUUCAGUAUUUGUAGGAGCAGAGAAUGAACCAGCAGUAAGAGAAAUUAGAAAGAGGAGUGAUCUUGAAAGAAUUGAUUUUUCAAUUAUUGGUGAUCCAAGAGUGGUAGCAGGUUUGUUGAUAUUAUUUUUCGCAGAGUUACCACAACCAUUAUUCAAUAGUAAAUUCUUUGGAGAUUUAGUGGAAAUCAAUGAUAUCACCAAUCCCCAAGUUAAGUUGAAUGAUUUAAAACAAUUAAUCAAUUCUUUAUCACAGCUACGUCGUUCAUUACUUCAAAUUUUGGUAACAUUUUUCACCUCAAAAUAUAUCAAUGGCAAUUCUGUUACCACUAGAGCCAUUGCAAUUCAAUCGAUCGCUCAAUCAUUUGGUCCACAAUUUUUCAGAGGUACAUCAAGUUCCGAUAGUGACAUUCAAGUUGGUAUUGAAACCCUCAAAUUAAUCAUUGAUAACUAUGUUUUUCUAUUUGAAAAAACCAAUGAACCCGAUGUAAAAUACAAGAAUAUCGAUGGAAAGAUGAUAAUCUCUGAGGGUUCAAUCGACAAGUUGAUUGAUAAAGCCACCGAUCAAUAUUAUCCAUACAAUGAGAAAUACUUUUCUCUCACAUUCUUUAUCACUCAUCUCUUCUUUAUUCAACCACACGAAUUGGCUGAUAAACUUAUCACACUCUAUCGUGAGAAUUUAGAUACUUUAGAGACUAAAAAGAAAUGGAAGAAACAUCGUCGUUCAAAGAAAGCCAGUUUCAUUAAUGAGGCUGUUAAACUUUGGGUCGAUUAUUGUUACAAAGAAAUGCGUGAGGAUAAAGAACUCUCCAAAAAGAUAUUAAAAGGUUUCCCACAUUUAGAGGCUCAACUUGCAAGUCGUCUCUCUCAUAGAACCACAAUCAAUGAUUUCCUUAAAUUACCAAAACGUGUUCAUUCUCGUACUCGUUCCGCUUCAUUCUCUGAUACCUUACUUUCAACAGGUGGCAUUGGUAGUACAAGUGGCGGUAUUGGUGGUGGCGUCAACAAUUGUCUCCUUAGUGCCAUGGAAAUCGCUGAACAAUGUACUUUGGUCGAUUAUGAUCUCUUCACCAAUGUUAGAUUAUCCGAUUGGGUUAGAUUGGUUCAAGGUUCAGUCGAUCCACAAACUGCACCAUCCCUAUCAUUGGCUUUGAAACGUUCAACUAUUUGGGCUCAAUGGGCUAUGGGUGAAAUCUUAUCAACCGAAGAUAAGUCACAAAGAGUUGCAAUCAUUAAUCUCUUAGUUGAUGUCGCUAUCAAUUGUAAAGAUUUGGCCAAUUUCAAUACUGCCAUCUCAAUUCAUACUGCCUUAACCAACCAUCAUAUCAAACGUUUACAACAAACUUGGGAUUCUGUACCAAAGGAAACUUUGAAUAAAAUCACUCAGUUGGAACAAUCACUUCAAGUUUGGUUAAAACCAGAUGCUACCAAUCCAUUUGGUGUAAUUUGUCAAUCGAUCAAUAGUGCAUGUGUACCAAAUUUCUCUAUACUUCGUACCAUUCUAUCUCAAAUCGAUCAAAAGAUUCCAACUUUCUCUAACGAUGGUUCAAUGGUUAAUGUUGAAAAGUUACGUACAAUCUUUGGUAUCGUUGUUGAGAUUCAACGUUUACAACAACAAAGAAAUUACACAAUGAAACCAACCAAACUUUUCAUUCAACUUCAAGAUAUAAACACUGUAUCAAUGGAUGAGUUGGCUGAUCUCUCUUUGAAAUGUGAACCACCAGUUAGUAAGGCAAAGAAAUACAAUGCUCCUGCUGAUAUAGUCGAUGAAGAUUGGAGAUUAAAAAUCACAAAAACUUUCAAUAAACCAUUGGCAACCACUUCAGUCGGCAUCGAUUUACCACGUUUAGCCUCUUCUUUCACUUUUAAUACCACUGGUCAUAAAACAACUCCAGAAGAGAAAUCAGCAUAUGGUAAUAAAAUUCAAGAUAUCUUUCAUGUUUUGGUAUCAUUGGCUCAAAUUGAAUCAUCAGAAUUGGAGACUGAUGUUCGUGAGAAAUUCACAACCUACAUACCAAUGUCAACAGAUCCAGAUUCAGAUUUCAAGAGAGAGUUACUUAAAUUUUUGGAUGAGGUUUGUCAUGCUGACAAUAGUAAAUUGGUUAGAGUUUUGAAAUGUUGUAAUCAAGCAAUCAUAGCUCCAGUCAUAAUUGAAAUCACUCUCAAUAUAGCUAAAGGUGUACCAUUUAUGGAUGCUGGUGGUUGGAGAAUUUUAAUUUCAAAUAUAAAUAAUAGUAAUAAUAGUGUAAUAUUAGAUAAAAUUGAUGAAAUAAACGAAGAUUCAUCAAAUGUAGAAAAAGAAAAAUUAUCAUCAUCACAAGAACAACAAGAACAACAAGAACAAAAACAACAAGAACAACAACAACAACAACAGGAACCACAACCAUUAUUUAUUAGACAUUAUAAAAAACAAAGAUCAAGAUCCGCUCAAUCUAAAGACUUUUUCGAAUUUGAAUGGUUCAUUCAAUUAAAUUUAGAUGCAGAUUGUAAAAAUAUACUUUCAUUCGAUUUAAAGAUUAGUAAUUUGGUUUUCUCCACUGAUACAAGUCCAAAUAUUCGUGAUCAACUUUUAGAAUCAUUUAAAUCUUAUUUGGUUAGUCAAGAAUGUGUUCAAUAUAUAAAUUUCAAUGAAAAUAAACAACCUGUUGCUGCCCCUGUCACUCCUGCUACUACCAUUGUAACUACAAAAGAAGAAUCAACUACUGUAACUAGUAGUACUACAACUGUUGUUCAAGAAUCAGUUCCUUCAACAAAUGCCGAAUAA